AUGGUAGAGGAGGAUAGAGAACAAGUACAAGAAUUAUUGAAUGAAGCUCGUCAUAACUUAACAUUUACAGAUAAUAUUUAUCAAUUCAAUGCAGAUACAUUCAGUGAUGGAUUCGCGAAGAGUUAUGUUCAUGAUUUAAGAAGAGAAGGAAUAAGUAAACCGCGUAAAUUAUCGCGGUUAACGAGUCUUGCUGCUCGUAGAAAGUCGCGUUUAUUUGGCGUCGUAGACAGCUUGUCGGCUAUGAAUGAAGAAUGCGUAAAAAUAGGAAUAGAUUGGUCAUUAGAUUGUCUUUUACUUGGAAAAAUAAGUAGAAGACCUUUAUACGAAGUUGGAUAUGCAAUUCUUUCUCCUUUUUCUCUUUCUCCGGAUAUACAACUUAAUAAAGAUGUACUUAAUGCUUUCCUUAAUGAAGUAUCUAAUUGUUAUGAAGAUAAUCCUUAUCAUAAUGCAUUACAUGGAGCUACGGUUUGUCAUAUGACAUUGUGUCUUCUUGAAAUGUUACGUGUUAGAGAAUAG